ACACCUAAAUGCCCAGUGGAGUUGUAUUGCCAGGUUACCCCUGCACACAUACACUGCAGGUAGCCUUCUGUAGAGUCCCAGACAACAACAUCAUGGCCAACCUCUCCCAGAAGCCGUUGUGUGUCUCUCAGGUCCAAGCUGUGAUUCACUCUUAAAACACUGAGUGCUUUGGCGCUGGACGGACGCGCUGUUGCGACACUUCCAGCUCUCCGGGGGUGUUCAUGCGUAGGCUACUUCCCCCCUAUUGCGCCUGCAAAUCGGGCCCAUAUUUCCUUACUCUUCCCCCCUCACUCAUCUCCUCCCCCCUCUCCGUCCCCCUCUCAACCCGGUGGUAUCGUCCGACGCUCAAGGAGAGCCAGAGCGCAGUUGUCGGCUGCAGGUCGCUCGGAGAGGGACGCACACAGCCGCCGAGGACACAAAACACUAGAACCCGUCUCUUAACCUAGCUCUGCUGCUCAGAGUGCGAGUCUCUCCUCAUCUCCCCCUGGCAAUCUCAUCAACUUGGGGAAUAUCUUCGAAGAAUCAGUUUGAAAAGGACAGACGGCCCUCUCAGCCCCGUCCCUACACCCCAGUGAUGCUUAGCUGCUGUAUUCCAGAGGCCCACCUUGGCAGUUAGAGGAGAGGUCAUCACCAUGACAGCAUCCUUGCAGGACUCCAUUCUCCUCUUCCUGCUCCUCUUCCUCCUGACUGUUUUCACACAGAGCUCUGCGGUCCAGACGACCCCAACCCCGUCGUUGUUUGACCCGCUGACCCAACCAGAGUGCACCAAGAAAGAACAUCCCAAAGUCUCCAUCCAAGCGCUCAGUCCGUGGAUUUCUACUUUCUCCCACCCUGGCGUGAGAGACUACUCCCAGCUCACCCUUGACCUGACUAGGAAUGAACUUAUUGUGGGUGCCAGAAACUAUCUGUUCAGACUGGACCUCAGUAACAUGUCGCUGAUACAGGCGACAGAAUGGGCACCGGACGAGGAAACCAGGAGGUCCUGUCAGAGCAAAGGCAAAACAGAGAUUGAAUGUCAGAACUACAUCAGAGUCCUGCUGGUUAACAAGACUGAGGUCAUGACCUGUGGAACCAAUGCUUUCCUGCCCUUGUGUAUUACUCGAGAGGUGGGCAACAUGAGCAGCGUGUUGGAUCGGGUAAACGGCGUGGCGCGCUGCCCGUAUGACCCACGUCACAACUCUACAGCAGUGGUGACGGAGAGCGGAGAGCUGUACGCUGCCACUGUCAUCGACUUCUCCGGCCGUGACCCCGUCAUAUACCGCAGCCUGGGUGGCAUGCCGCCUCUCCGCACCGCUCAAUACAACUCAAAAUGGCUCAAUGAGCCCCACUUCAUCUCAGCCUACGACAUCGGCCUCUUCACCUUCUUCUUCCUGAGGGAGAACGCAGUGGAGCACGACUGCGGCAAGACAGUCUACUCCCGUGUGGCAAGGGUCUGCAAGAACGAUAUCGGCGGGCGAUUUCUCCUGGAGGACACCUGGACCACGUUCAUGAAGGCGAGGCUUAACUGUUCCCGCUCUGGAGAGAUCCCCUUCUACUACAACGAGCUGCAGAGCACCUUCUACCUGCCCGAGCAAGACCUCAUCUACGGCAUCUUCACGACCAAUGUCAACAGUAUUGCAGCAUCUGCAGUGUGCGCCUUCAACCUGAGCGCCAUCACCCAGGCUUUCAACGGGCCCUUCCGCUCCCAGGAGAACCCUCGCUCUACCUGGCUUCCCACGCCCAACCCCAUCCACAACUUUCAGUGUGGUACAAUAAAUGACGAGGGUCCCAACGAAGGUUUGACGGAGCGCAGCCUGCAGGACGCCCAGCGGCUCUACCUGAUGAACGAUGUCGUCCAGCCAGAGUCUGUAGAUCCGCUGAUAAUGCAGGAUGACGUUCGCUUCUCCAACCUGGUCGUGGACAUUGUUCAGGGCAUGGACACCCUCUACCAUGUUAUGUACAUCAGCACGGAAUAUGGCACCAUCCUGAAGGCCCUGGCUACACCCAAUAAGAACCUACAAGGUUGUUACCUGGAGGAGAUGGAGCUCCUCCCCCCGGGGGUGCGUGAACCCAUCCUGAGCCUGCAGAUCCUGCACAGUGACAGGUCACUGUUUGUUGGGCUCAACAAUCGAGUCCUGAAGAUCCCCCUUGAGAGGUGCUCGACCUACAAAACUGAGAUGCUAUGCUUGGAGGCGAGGGACCCCUACUGCGGCUGGGACUUCAGGCAGCGCCGUUGCACAACACUGGAGGACAGCUCCAAUAUGAGCCAGUGGAAGCAGAACAUCACUGUGUGUCCGCUGCGAAACCAGACCACCAAUGGCGGCUUCGGAGCCUGGGCGCCAUGGCAAACCUGCAACAAUGACGACGGGGUGGAUGGUGUGAGCUCCUGCUUGUGUCGCUCCAGGUCUUGCGACAGCCCUGCCCCUCGCUGUGGAGGCAAGAACUGUGAGGGCCCCACCAUUGAAGUCUCCAACUGCUCAAGAAAUGGAGGCUGGACGCCCUGGUCGUCAUGGGGACAGUGCAGCACAACCUGCGGUACAGGCUUUGAGCUGCGCCAGCGUUCCUGCAAUAACCCCUCACCCCGACACGGCGGCCGUGUCUGCGUCGGCCCAAGCAGGGACGAGAGGUUUUGCAAUGAAGGGGUUUCCUGUCCUCAACCGAUCUUCUGGUCCCCGUGGGGCUCCUGGACCAAGUGCAGCACCGAGUGCGGGGGAGGCGUUCACUCAAGGGUCCGCACCUGCGAGAAUGGCAACAGCUGCCCAGGAUGUGCACUGGAAUACAAGGCCUGUAACCUGGAGGCGUGUCCAGAGGUGAAGAGGAACACACCUUGGACACCCUGGAUGCCUGUAAACGUGACACAAGGCGGGGCUCGUCAGGAGCAGAGGAUGCGCUACAUGUGCCGAGCUCACCUGCCCGAUCCCCAUGAGCUGCAGAUCGGACGCAGAAAGGUGGAGACACGCUUCUGCCCCAACGAUGGCACAGCAGCCUGUGAGACUGAUACCCUCGUUGAGGAGCUCCUGAAGACGCCGGUGGUGAGAGUGUCAGGCGCUGGCUGGUCAUCAUGGGAGACCUGGUCGAGCUGCUCUCAGAGUUGCGCCAAAGGUUACCGCACCCGUCGGCGGAGCUGCGCAGGACCAGAGGGGAAGAGCGCCCCAGUCGUCUGUCGUGGUUCACCUGUCGAAUACCAGGACUGUAACGUGCAGGCCUGUCCUGUGAAAGGAGCGUGGUCCUGCUGGUCGUCCUGGUCUCAGUGCUCGGUGGGUUGCGGCGGCGGUCACUACCAACGCACACGCUCCUGUAACAGCCCCGCACCCACCAAUGGAGGAGAUAUCUGUAUAGGACUACACACUGAAGAGGCCCUGUGCAACACACACACUUGUGAUGAUUCUAAUCAACCUCCUUUAUCAGAUGGUUGUGCAGCAAGAAGGGAGCAGAUGACGGAGACUAAGCAGCCUGUCGGUGAGCACCACAAUGAUAGGAAAGGUGGCUGGAUGGCCUGGUCACUGUGGUCAGCCUGUGAUGAUUCAGGCAUGCAGAUGAGGAGUCGGGUGUGUGGAGCUCAGGGCAGCACCCCCUGUAUGGGGAACAGCACUCAGCGCAGAGACUGCAAUGAAAUACCUGUCAUUCUCCCUGCAUCUGGCUUUGAUAAGGACCAGCACUGUGGAGCAUUCACCUCCAUCCACCUGAUUGCUACUGGUGUUUCCUGUUUCCUUGGGGCGGGGCUGCUGUCCUUCCUGAUCUACGUGUACUGUCAACGCUUCCACAAGCCUUCGCAGGAGUCGGCCGUCAUUCACCCCACCACCCCGAACCACCUUAACUACAAGGGUAACACCACGCCAAAGAACGAGAAAUACACACCCAUGGAGUUCAAGACACUGAACAAGAACAACCUGCUGCCAGAUGAAAGGUCCAAUUUCUAUCCAACUCCACUUCAGCAGACAAACGUCUACACCACCACCUACUAUCCAACAGCGCUUGGCAAAUAUGACUACCAGCCCAACUCUUCCCCUUCGCCAUGCAGGACAUAUAACCACAGCAACAACAGCUGAGACGCCCCACAACCGGCUCUCCAAACCCCUUGCCGUUGCCCCAAAUGGACCCCCUUCCCCUAAUGCCAUGGUGACAUAACUGAACCAAUAUGAACUGAAGAGUUUUCUCAGAGCUCGGCUAUGUUCCUCUGUUCGCCACUGUCCCUCUCCUGGCACCCACGGUAUCUUCCACAUGGUAGGGUUUGUGUUUUCAAGAGCAUUUCUGGAACUUUCCAUCAGGAGAUGAGGCUUUUGCAACAAUGCCUGUGUCCUGGAGCUGUUAGGGACUUAUGCAACCAGCUGGGGGUGUGUUAUUGUAAGGGCCUGACUGGAUAUAGCAGUGUCAACCCAGAGCAUCAUGUGGGGAUUCAGUGGAAAACUCUAGACAGAUUGUUACAACCUGAACACUUCAGUGCAGGUGUAGAGUCGAACAUCAACAAUUCCAGAGACGAACAUGAACAGAACAUUUUUAAAAAGUUACAUUUCUCUGGAUGUGGGUCACCCUUUUACAUCUCUCCAUUACAAACCACAUUCUCAGUCCCGGUUACUCAGAACAAACAGCGCUUAUCGUUAUGUCCUUGCCGAAUGGCAAAGAGCGAGAGAACAACAACAAAGGAGAAAACUCAAUGAAGUUGAUGAUGAAAUAAAUUACAGAUCAAUAUCAGCUUCGUUGUUCAGGAGGGAUGCACGCCCCACAUUGUUGAUAUUUCAUGUGACGGAAAAGAUAAGAACAUCAGAGUCAAUGAAGAUUUUGGUCGGCAGUGUGGAGAAGUCACAACACUACACAUCAGCCUGAGUUGUAGAGAAAUAUUCUCUAAACCCGCUGAUGUAAUACGCCUUUUGUGGUCAAAGACAUUAACUGGUAAAGUCAGAGCAAUGGGGAUUGUGGGAAGCGGUCUGAACUGUACAUAAAGCUUUGGGAAUGCCUUGGGUGCCUGUAUGCAAUAGUGGGCAUGGACAAGAUUCGUUUUCUUUCUAUUUCUUCUGUUUUGUUUGGGUUUUUUUUCAAGAACAAUAAAGACUUUUGAAAUGGAAUUGAUUGAUUCUCCAAUUGAUUCUCCAAUGGAUGCAUCGAUUCUACUGAGUGCUAAAUAGCUCGGUGGUCAUAUCAAAUAUGGCCAGUGUGCUGAACAACUGGAUUGGGUUUUCUAUGAUGAUAGAAUAAGCUAGUAGACUGGCACUUGUUUUUUUUUAUGUUUCUUUUUUAAAGAUGAUAUUUGUUUUAUGCUCAGACGAGCCGUAGCAUAGGAGGAAAUAUUUUGUUAAAUAAGAUAUAGCUGAUUAAUUCUUGUUUCUCUAAUUUCACCUCACUGAUUGAACACAUUCCUUUGUUUUCUUGAUUUUUCGGCAGUUCGGUAACCAUUCCAUCUUCAGUUCAUGAAAUGUUGUUAACACAAAGAUAAAAUGAUAAACAUUGUCGAUGUGUUUUUUUUUUUUUUUUUUU